AUGGGCCGACUCAUCAAAAACCACUGGGCGCGGUUAAUCAUCCUCACCGCGGCGACUUAUCAGGUCGUCAGCGCCGUCGAAGGCUUCAUCUGGCCCAAGGUCUUCUGGGAUUUCAUCUCCAAAAAUCUCGACGCCGCCGUGGCUCCUGUCCCCGUCCUGCAAACGCUCAAUCUGCUCAUGGGGCUGGUGGGAAUUGCCUGGGAAUGGCCCCUACGACUGCUGGCCGGCUCGCUGCUUCAUCGCAGCAUCGAGAUUCGCUUGAUGGUGUAUCCGCUCAGUGCGCUUUUGGCCGUGCUGCUGUAUCAGGGGACGGAUCCGGCCCUCUAUUAUUUGAUCGGCAUUGGGGUGUAUUUCUGGGCUUAUAGUGAGGGAGAGAUUGUCUGUCCGGAGCCGUGGACGUUACCGAAACGAUCCAGGGUGCUCAAAGCGUAG